CGACAAUAGACUAAAGGAAUUUUGGAGUUUAUAUUUGAGAAAUCAAAGUAAUCGUCAAAAUGAGUGCCGAGAAUGUGGUGACUGAACAGCCCAUAACGGCCACCACUGCCGGCACCACUGAAUUCAGUCUAUUUGGUCCGUCCAAUACGAACGGCGCGAGUCUAGAGAUUCUUAAGAAUUAUGAAUCGCUUAUUGUUAAGCAAGAGAUUGAUAUAAUGGGAUCCGUUUGUGACAAAUGCUUGUGUUGUGAUAAACUUAAUAAAUAUAAAAUCAAAGACAUAAAUGGCAAAACAAUUUUGACGGCUACUGAGGGUAAGGAGGAAAGUUGUUGUUCGUGUAAUUGUUGUCGUUGUUGUCGAAGGGGUCGGCGCUUUGAAAUGAAGAUAAAGGACGACACCGGAAGGGAAGUGAUUCGCUUGAAGAUGAAGANAGUUGGGAAGAAAUAUAGUGUAAAAUGA